CCUUCCAUGACAAGAAAUAGACAAAUAGCAGCAGCCACUUGCCAUGGAAUCCAAGCUCCUAGUGCUCUUCCUGUGCCUAGCAUUUGCAGCAUGUUCUGCCAGCCACCACCAUGACCCCUCCGUCGUCGGAUACUCUCAGGAGGAUCUCGCAUUGCCAAGCAGACUCUCUGAACUCUUCACCUCCUGGUCGGUCAAGCAUAGCAAGAUCUACGCCAGCCCGAAGGAGAAGGUGAAGAGGUAUGAGGUAUUCAAGAAGAACCUGAUGCACAUUGCAGAAACGAACAGGAAGAACGGGAGCUACUGGCUGGGCCUGAAUCAGUUUGCCGACAUUGAUCAUGAGGAGUUCAAGACCAGUUAUCAGGGAUUAAAGCCAGGUUUGUCAAAAAUAGGUGCAUCACCACGCCCUCCAACAACGUUCAGGUAUGCGAAUGCGGUUGACCUGCCCUGGGCAGUGGACUGGAGGUACAAGGGAGCUGUGACGCCGGUCAAGAACCAAGGAAAAUGUGGGAGUUGCUGGGCCUUCUCAACGGUGGCAGCAGUUGAAGGCAUCAACCAGAUCGACACGGGCAAGCUGGUAUCGCUCUCAGAGCAGGAGCUGAUGGACUGCGACACCACGUUGGAUCAUGGCUGCGGAGGGGGGAUCAUGGACUUCGCAUUCGCUUUCAUAAUGGGGAACCAGGGCAUCCACACCGAGGAAGACUACCCGUACCUCAUGGAGGAGGGAUACUGCAAAGAAAGACAGCCUCAUGCCAGUGUGGUCACUAUAACUGGAUACGAGGAUGUCCCGGAGAACAGUGAGAUCAGCCUGCUGAAAGCGUUGGCUCAUCAGCCUGUCAGCGUUGGGAUAGCUGCAGGGAGCAGGGACUUCCAGUUCUACAAAGGGGGGGUGUUUGACGGGGCUUGCAGCGACGAGCUUGACCACGCGUUGACGGCCGUCGGAUACGGCUCAUCGUACGGCCAGGAUUACAUCGUCAUGAAGAACUCAUGGGGGAAGAACUGGGGAGAGCAAGGGUACGUCAGGAUAAAGAGGGGCACCGGGAAGCCGGAGGGCGUCUGUGCAAUCUACACGAUGGCUUCCUACCCUGUCAAAAAUGCAACACGCUGGGGGUGGGGGGCCUAAUUUUGUAACCAAUCUUGUAAUCUGCACGAAAGCAACGCGCUACUCAAACAAUAUGUUAAUCAAUCGUUGGUUAACCCUGAUGGUGGCAACA